UCGGAGGAUACGUACGUCUCCGUUCUAAAAUAAAAGCCACACGCGCUCGAGCUUUGAAUAUCAAGUUGAUAAUGAAGUGUUAUAUAUUAUUGAUAAAUUUAUAUCACCACGUUCUCUAAUAAAUUGGUGGUGGGUGGUACAGUGGUAGGACAUGAAGUUAUGUAUCUAUCGUUAAUAAAAUCACAGUAACGGUUUGUGCUAAUAUCGUUUCUUUGGUCAAGUUCGUGAUAGUGAAUAUAUCAUUUAACGGAAAUGUCUUUGGAAAUUUAGAAUCUCAGUACACGUUUAGGAGCGGCUGGGCGCGGCGUAGCGGGUGGCCGCGCCAUGGGUAACAAGUGCUGCAGCCGCCGUCACGACCCUGAUAGACCUCUCGUAUACCCAGCCUACAAAAAGAAUGAGGCGGGUUUUACGUCAUGUCCGUCGUUAGAGACACGAUACACCGGCGAACCGAACAACCGCGCGGUCGCUCGCCGGCCAGCGGAUAUUGUGAGGACAAGGAAUCCCGGGGCAUGUAUACCAAACGGCGGUCGUCGUGUAGUGAAGGCGUUAUGCGCUUAUACAGCUCGCGCGGAAUCGGAUAUAUCAUUCAGGAAGGGGGAUCGCAUGGAAGUACUUAGUGAUGCUGAACCUGAUUGGUGGAGGGUCCUUCACAUCACUACAAGGAGGGAAGGCUUGGUACCAGCCAAUUUUGUGGCCGAAGAAAGCUCAGUGGAAUGCGAAGACUGGUUUUUCCCUCACGUGUCCAGAAAAGAGGCUGAUAAAUUGCUUCUCGCUGAGAUCAAUCCUAGAGGGACGUUUUUAGUACGUCCCGCAGAACAUAAUCCUCACGGUUUCAGUCUCAGCGUUAAAGACUGGGAAGAAGGCAGGGGAUACCACGUUAAACACUACAAGAUAAAACCCUUAGAUAAUGGAGGCUUCUAUAUCGCCACCAACCAAACCUUCCCAAGUUUACCGGCGCUCGUCAUGUCGUAUACGAAAAACGCAUUAGGUCUUUGUCACGUUCUCGCUCGGCCUUGUCCUAAGCCGGAACCUCAAAUGUGGGAUCUCGGACCGGAACUAAGAGAUAAAUGGGAAAUACCAAGGAACCAAAUACAAUUGAUUAAAAAACUCGGACAGGGGAAUUUCGGUGAAGUCUACUAUGGGAAAUGGUGUAACAAUAUUGAGGUUGCCGUUAAAACGCUAAGGGAAGGCACUAUGUCCAAACAAGCUUUCCUUCAAGAAGCUGCCAUUAUGAAGAAAUUCCGGCAUAAGCGCCUUGUAGCGUUGUAUGCAGUUUGUUCUCAACAGGAACCUGUAUAUAUCGUUCAAGAGUACAUGUGUAAGGGAUCUCUGCUAGAGUUCCUGAGAAAUGGUGAAGGGAAAGCCCUCCAUUUCGAAGACCUUGUCUAUAUAGCAGCCCAAGUCGCAUCGGGCAUGGAAUAUCUUGAAUCCAAACUCCUCAUACAUAGAGACUUAGCCGCUAGAAACGUACUGAUAGGAGAGAACAACGUGGCAAAAAUAUGCGACUUCGGUUUAGCCAGGGUUAUUGAAGACAACGAGUACUGUCCGAAGCAAGGAUCUCGGUUUCCUGUGAAAUGGACGGCGCCGGAGGCUAUAAUUUAUGGCCGAUUCUCCAUAAAGAGCGACGUCUGGUCCUACGGAAUACUAUUAAUGGAACUGUUCACUUAUGGACAGAUACCGUAUCCGGGAUUACACGGCAAGGAAGUCAUAGAACAGGUGGAAAGAGGUUACAGAAUGCCAAAGCCUGUUGGACAUUAUUUGCCCGAUGACAUAUAUAGACUCAUGCUGCAGUGUUGGGACGCCGUGCCAGAAAAAAGACCCACCUUCGAAUUCCUCAAUCACUACUUCGAGUCCUUCACAGUGACCAGUGAAAUACCCUACAGAGAGGUCCAAGACUAGAGUGCUGUGAUAAAUGUGAAAUUAUACUUAACACUUAUAAACUGAGAGUGUAUCGUUCAUUUUAAUAGGAAAGCUGAUUUGUUUGCUUUUAAGUGAAGCCUGGCGACUUGUAACCUUUAAAUUGUCAUAAACUUUAGUACUAAAGUGAUUAUGAUGUAAACGAGCAUGUUUGAGGAGCGUUUUGUGUAGGGUCCUUAGCGAAUAAACGGUAUUAUAUGUGUGUGUCUUACAUCACAUCACAUUCGAUUCAUGUAUUUGGCUGACCAUUAACAAAGCACACACAGAGUUAUAGUAUCUUUAGUAUUUUUUUAUUCGAAGCGUUACUAAACUAUACAGGAAAGUGUGAGCUUGUCGUUUUUAUUCAUCGGCUUUGGUAUGAUUUGUAGUUAAAUAUUAAGAUGUUAGUAAAGAGAAGUGAACAACAAGUCGGUUAAGUCCACUGACCUAAUAUAAGAGACUAUAGUAUUGUGCAAACACCUAUUUUCUUAUUUAUUAGCGAUAGCUUAAGCACUGUUAGUAUAUGUUGCAUUUGUACAAAAUUGUUCACUAUGACAUAAGCAAUAAGGUUGAAAACGAAAUUAAUUGUGAAUAUUUUCAUAUUCUAAAUUGAGAUGUGAUAUUUUUAAUCACAUUCGUCCUUUACUGAUGACAUUCACUGCUUGUACGUUUUUUUUUUAAUUUGAAUGGUGCUGGAGCCAGUGGGCUCUAUCUUAAACGGUGAAGUUAAUGUUUAAAUAUGAUUUUUUUCAAUUUGGUCCAUUUCAUCUACUUCAUCUACAUUGAUGUAUACGCUAUAUAUAAUGUUACGCUCUUGAUCUCAUGAUUAACGUUCUUUCUAAAAUAUAAAACAUUUGUACUUGUUUGCACCCAAAAUGUUUAAGAAAUUUAAAUUGUCGAGUUCACAGACAUUAGAAAUUUAACUAAUGUACAUUUGGAGGCCCAUUUUAAUAUGUAAAUUAUAUUUCCAGAAUUGACAUGAUGCAUAAACAUAAGAUGGAAAACCCUAUGGGCUCCUUUGCGAAGUUUUUAUAGAAUCACCAUACCAUAUAUAACAAGUCCGCAGAUAACAGUAUCAUCCCAUUAUGCAAAGGGGCCAACUUUCACAUAAAUUUAUAGCUUUAGGACCAUAUACCAAAGAGUUAUUGUACAUUGAAAAAAAAAAUAGUUUUAAGCGGGGGCAUAUUUAAUUUAGCGAAUUAAGGAAUUGUGAGCUAUAUCCCCUAACUAAUCUGACAUAAAAGUUAAAAUUUUGAUUGACAUAUUUUGAUGGCACUUUUAUGAUCGACUUAAAGCUUCAGGGAGUCAUUAACGUUGGUCAUAAUCAAAUUAUUGUUGUCUCAUUGAAAGAUUCAUGCGAAACAAACCAGUAAUAUUUAAUUAUUAUCUUUGUAAACGCCAGCCCACUGAAUGUGUCAUCAUAAAUCCAUUAAAUCAAUACAAAUCACCAUAAUAUACAUAUUUUUGUGAUCUUUAUCUAUGAAGUGUAAGUGAACAUGUACCGGCGGCUCUCAUUCAUUUCACAGUCUGAUCUGAACUGUCCACCGGUCACAUAAGUUAUUUGCAAUAAUCAAUGUAUUAAAAAUUAAAAUUCAUGCUUUAAUCACUUAAUAAUUUCUCAUUCCUAGAAUUUGUACGGAUCAAUGGGAAUAGUGUCUUGUAACAUUCCAAAUAAUCGAACACUUUAAAAUUUGGACACUUUUGUAUGAAACGGAUAGGUUUAAGAUUUUGUACAUACAAUGAAAUAAAUGUCAUUGAAAUAAAA